ACACUAAAAAAUAUCGAUACAAAACUAAUUUUAUUUUGUUUUUUAUACAUGCCAUCUUUGAUGUAAUAUUUUUUUACUAGGUUAUGAAUUAAACAAAGUUACAUCUUAAAAUAUAGAAAGAGUACAACAACUAUUUCUGGAACUGGCGAAAGCUUUCGAAGGAUUUCCAAGUUGCUCCAGAUUGCACUGUGCUCCAGCUUUUUUGCAAUUGUAUCCUGAAUCGAAGGAUCAGAAUCGCGAAGUUAAACGUAUCAAUGGAUUGUCUGUGUUUGUUAAAGAAAUAGAACCGAAAUUUGAGCACAAAGAAAUUUCACGGAAUAAAACUGAUAAAUCCAGUGAAUAUAAAAAUUGGUGUAGAUACAUUUGGAGUUCCACCAAAAGGAAACGCGUUCGUUCAGGACCUAUCUUCUCCAAGGAAGGAAAUAAAGUUAUAUUUAAUUUUCGACACUUCGUGAAACCCGAGAAAAUCAUCGACGAAUACACUCGUGUCAACAUUUACAACAACGAAUGCAUUAAGCGAAAAAUACGUCUAUGAUGUUAGUACGAGAACAAUGGAAAUUGAAGUUUUGCAAAAAUGAAGUGUUGCACGAAACGGUGAUGGGUUUUUCGAAAAGACUGAUUUAUGGAAUUUCACAGGCCGCGUUUUGUCAAAAUUAACAAGAAAGAAUCACCGAACUCUACGCCGAAUGUUCAUGAGAAACAAGUUUCAUCGGAUGUGAGUCUUCGUUACAAACCAAAAGAAAAGAUACGAACCAAAACUGAUGCUUCCGAAGAAAAGAUAUCUGGAUGGAGGUUAAAUAAAGUUAGAUAUGUUAUAUUGAUUUCAGUAUAAUUAUUCCCAAGAAUAUUUUUCAUUUUCAAUUAUAUUUUUAUACUGAAUAAAUACUGGCACCUGUCAUUGUACUUUAAAUAACUUACUUGGAAUUACGUUGGAAAAUAUUGAUAGCCCCUAGAAACUGCAUCAAAGAAAACAAAAAGAAUCCCGAAGAGAGUUCCAGCAACACAGAAUUUCGUAUAUGAGUUUAAUCCAUUUGGAAAUUCCAUAUUAAUUUCUAAUAAUGCAACCACAAAAGGAGCACGAAAUCCGUCUAAUAUCGCACAAGGAGAUUUAUCUAUGAAACUUAUAAAUGAUAAGCAAAGUUUCAGUAAUAUUCAGACACACGCAGUGUUACCAAAAUUACAUCCACGUAGCGAUACUGUACUAGGAAAUUCGGGAAAACAUGAAAAUGUAACUAAUUAUGGGAAAAAUGCUAAUUUAUCUACUAUAAAAAAACAGGAAACAAAUGUUGAAGAACGAUUGAUUAAAAAUCGUAGUACAAGACACAAACAUGUUAACGAUAUCGAUCGAGAAGUUGAAAAAGUAAAAUCAGAUUGGCGAGCAUUACGUACAGAUGGCGGAUGGACUCAAAAUAAAAAUUAUAAAAAUGUUCGAACGAGAAAAUUAUAUGAUACAUUAGAAAGGAUGACACUUGAAAUAGAUAAAAUUCAAAAACUCUAUUUGAAUCCGAAAUCAAAUCAAAAUUUGCAACGAGGCGAGAUAAAAUCAGAGUUAUCUUUUGAUGAAAAAGCAGGGAAAAUUAAACAUAUGCUCUUUCCUAAAGAAAAUAAAAAAAUAGUUGACGAUAAAAUAAAUAAUGUGUUGAAUGACACUUUAAAAAAUAGUUCAUUAGAAGUAAUUUCAUCAAAAGAUGUGUGCAAUAAAAAAAUUGAAAAAAAAUCUAUUUUUUCUAAUUCACAAAUUCAAAAUACCAAAAGUGGUACAAAAUUAAAUAACAAUUUGCGGUUGAAUAAACGAAAUACAGAUACAAAUAGUUCAAUAAAUUUAAAAAAGAUUAAUUCUGAUAUUGAACAAUAUUUGGACAAGUAUAUUAAUGACAUAGAAAAGAAUUCUAUUAGUAAAAAAGAAUUAGAAAUUAAAGAAUUAGAUGUUCCUACUGAUGAUAUUGCAAAUAUGUUGAAAAAGCUAAAUAUAAAUUCUUUCGAUUUGUACGAUAUUGAUAAUUCUGAAGAUUUCCCACAACAAGAAAAAUUGAAAAGUAUAAAAAAAGAAAAUUCAAUACAAACAUUAGAUCAAAAAAUUGAAAGUACAAAAAUGUUAUUACCAAAAGAAGAUAAUAAUUCUUCAACACAAUAUAAUAAUAAAAUAAAUAAUGAUAGUUCAAUCCAAACAAAAAAUAUGUAUAAAGAUAAUGCUUUCAUAGAAAUGGGUUUGCAUGCAUUGAAUAAUAACUAUCCUCGAAAUGCACUAUGUCAUGUACUUCAAUCAGAAUAUUUGAAAAAAGACACAUCCUUAAAACCUAUGUAGAA